AUGAAAUUUGAAGAUGAAUUGGAAAAGUUACGGGAGCGGGUCAACUCACUAGAAAGUCAAAAUAUCAAGUUUAAAUAUCUAUUAGACUCGGCUUUGGACAUUACCAACAAAUCAGAAACAGGGAGCGAUGUAGAAAUAGAAACGCAAUUUUUACAAGAUGCCAUUAAACUCAUCGAAGACGAAAAGAAUAAGAUGCAAGAAGAUCUGGAGCAACUGGUCUCGGAGGAAAAUGAAACAGUAUUUACAAAAUUCAAGCAGUUGGAGAACGAAAACAUCGAGCUAAGAAAGAAAGUGGAUCUAUUAGUAAAUCUCGUUAGUAGCCUGAUUAAAGAUAUGGAGCAAUUGAAAAGAGAAUAUUCCGAGUUCAAAUUUCUCCUCACACAGCCAAACGUUAACGCAAAGUUAUUGAAAAAUAUCCUCCAACUCAACAACACAUUUGCCGAAGGAACUGGUCAACAUGCUUUGGUAAGGCAGAGAUACUUCCUACAGCGAAAAAUUGUCAAUCUGGAAUCAAAGAAGACAGAGCUACUCGGAGCUAUUGAAAACAGUAAGUCGUGCUCAUCGAGGAAGUCCGUAAGCGAUGUAAUAAAAUCGGAUCUAAAGAAGGCAAUCUUCCGAGCAAUAAAUGGCGUAGCUAAGAAAGAGUUCGAAAACCUGUUUGAGAAGGUCUUGGAAUUAGAGAAGGAACGAUCGAAGUUGUUGAGCCACCUCAAGGUAGUACUAGAUAAAUCUAAGAAGGAGAUAGCAAGCGAGUAUUAUAAGCUCCAACAAAAGAUCUUGGAUAUAGAGACAGAAAAAGCAGCUCUCCGGAAGACCUUGACAACUUUGAGGGAAGAAGAAGCAGAUAUUGCCAGUAACAGUAAGAAAGAAAUGACGCCUGAAGAUGAGAGGAAGAUCGACGAAAUCCUCAACGCCUUCUCAAAUAGUACAGUGAAAACCAGUGAGAGCUCAGAGAUGACGAGUAUUACAGCAUCCUCUCCCCCUUCAACGCAAAUGAAUGCAGCGGGUGGCUUGCCCCUUUGUGUUAUUUUGUAA